UUAGUAUACGUGUUUACAAAAUCUAUAUACAUUUUUACAAGUAAAGUAGUACAUUUUUUAAUUUUAAAAUUAAAUUAUUUUUGUAUAUAAUAUUUAGUGAGGUAUUUUAAGUGUUUUUAAAAAACUCUUCGGUCGUAUACAAAUUACAUGAAAUUUAUCAGAUAUUUUUAAUUGAAAAAUGAAAUCGAUAUUUUGUGUAUUGUGGUUUUUUGUGUGGGCGAAUUCACCAGCCAACAGUAUAAAAAACAUUCUUAUUGGUUUAGGAGAACCAAAUGAGCCAAAAUUAUUAAAAACAGUGGAUGCUGAAGACGAAUGGUUUAUACAGAAGUUAGACCAUUUUAACCAUACUGACAAAAGAACAUGGAAACAGAGGUAUCAAGUGAAUUCGGACUAUUAUGAAAAUGAUGGACCAGUGUUUUUAAUGAUUGGAGGAGAGGGACAAAUUUCAGCUAAGUGGAUGCGCAGUGGAUCCUGGAUUGACUAUGCUAAAGAAUUUAAUGCUUUUUGUUUCCAAUUGGAACAUCGGUAUUAUGGCGAAAGUCACCCCACCGAAGAUUUAAGUACUAGCAAUUUAGUGUACUUGAACACUGAACAAGCAUUAGCUGAUUUGGCAGAAUUUAUUGUUAAUAUCAAAACUAAAUACAAUAUACCGUCUACAGCUAAAUGGGUAGCAUUUGGAGGAUCUUACCCUGGAUCUUUAGCGGCAUGGUUAAGAAUGAAAUACCCACAUCUCAUACACAUGGCAGUUUCUUCUAGUGGGCCUUUGUUGGCAAAAAUUGAUUUUAAAGAAUAUUUUAUGGUAGUCAAAGAUGCAUUAGCAUCAUAUAAACCAGAAUGUGUGUCACAAAUAAAAGAAGCAAAUCAAAUGAUUAACUAUUUGCUUAAAACCGAUCAUGGAGCAAAAAUAGUUGAACAAAAAUUCAAAUUGUGUGAUCCCUUAGACAGAAAAAACGAUAAAGAUGUAUCAUAUUUGUUUGAAAUUUUAGCUGAUAAUUUUGCAGAAAUUGUACAAUAUAAUAAAGACAACAGACAUUAUUCGAAUCCUGAUCGAUCCUCAGUAACAUUAGAAACUUUGUGUGAUAUAAUGGUUAACAAAUCAAUACCAACUCCAUUAGAUAGAUACGCAGCUGUUAACAAUAAACUACUAUCUUUACAUAAAGCAGAUUGCCAAGAUAAUAUUUAUUCCCAGUUGAUUGAUUUUUAUGUAAAUACAUCCUGGAGUAGCGGUGCAGCAGGAGGCAGUCGACAAUGGACAUAUCAAACUUGUACAGAGUUUGGAUUUUAUCAAACAUCCAGUCAAGAUGAUCAUGUGUUUGGUCAUAACUUUCCAGUAGACUUUUUCAUUAAUUUGUGCAUGGACAUUUUUGGAAAAUCAUAUAACUCGGAACUUUUGUCGGACGCGGCCGAAAGAACUAAUACAAUGUUUGGCGAUUUAAACAUAAGAGAAAGCCGAGUAUUAUUCGUACAUGGUUCCGUUGACCCAUGGCACGCAUUGGGUAUUACGCACGCAACAACAAAAAACAACGUGGUGAUUUUUAUUAAUGGGACAGCACAUUGCGCAAAUAUGUAUCCUGCUGCGUCGACAGAUCUUCCGGAGUUAACGCAAGCUCGUACUACGAUCAGAGCAUAUUUGAAAGAAUGGUUGGCAGAAAGCGAUUACGUCGAUUCAGCCCAAUACUCGUAUACAUAAAGCGCGAUUCGUUUGUUUAAUUUUAAUAUUAUUUAUAUUUGUAGUUAUAGCUAUUGUUAUAAAUAUAUUGAAAAAUGUAAUGCUUA